UGAACACGCAAAUAAACUGUUGAACAAGAAGGUUAAUUCGCAAUUAAUAGCUAGAGAAAAUUGAAAAAUGGAAAAAAAAGAAGUUUUUACAACCUGCCUCUAGAUCCAAACUUUAGGACAGUAAUGGUGACGGAAAAAACUCACAAGGCUUGGGAGAAAAAAUAUGAAGAAUGUUCACAAAACAGUAAAGCCAAGCAUUUUAAUGAAGAGGCGACAAGUUCUCAUUAUGAGCAAGAAUCACUUACACCACUGCCAGAAUCAGAUGAAAGUAUAUAUGACUAUUUCGACUAUUUCGACAGUUGCUCAGACAGCGAAGGAGAUAAUGAAGAUGAUGAAAACCGGAACAUUUUGAAUGAAGAUGAUGAAGACCGGAACAUUUUGAAUGAAGAUAUAAAUAAUGCAGCACACGAAGACUCCUUCAGAUCAACUUCAUCACCACUGCCAGAUAAAAAAAUUAUGUUUGAAGAUGUUGAUACAAGAAUUAUGUUCGACAGAUCUGGACAAACAGUUAAUGAUGUAUUGGAGAUGAUUGUAGCCUUCAAUCUAAGAUUCGGUGGUUCAAAAGAAGCACGUAUAAUGCUUUUGGAAAUGUUUAAAAUUUGCGCCGGUCCAGAAUUUGAAAAUUUAAAUAUUUCAGAUUAUAAAAUCACUAAAAUUUUUGAUACUCCACCAGAAAAAAUAAACUUUCACUUUUACUGUGAAAAGUGCAUGAAAGUUUUAGGUUGUGCUCAAAAAAAUAAAGUAAAAGGUCAGUCUCUUAUUUGUGAUAUUUGUAAUGAAGAACAGUUCAUGAAGUUGAGUAACAAUAAUCAUUUCCUUACAGUAGAUCUCGAGUAUCAAAUUCGAAUCUUACUUGAAAAAGACGAUCUAAGAAAAUAUUUUUCAUUAAAUCAAGUUCAAAAUGAUGAAGUAAUGGAGACUAAUAUUAUACGCGAUAUUAACGAUAGCUUAUUAUAUAAAAAGACAAUUGAAGAAUAUCCCAAAAGCUUUACUUACACUAUUAGUACUGACGGUGCUCCCUUAUUUCAAGUUUCUAAAAGAAACUUCUGGCCGUUGCAAAUUAUGUUGCAUAAUUUACCUCCAGCUGUUAGGUAUAAAUUCGUUUUACUAGUGGGUAUGAUGGUUGUUUAUACAGAACCGAAACCAGCGUUAAUGAAUGCAUACAUCGAUGAAUUUUGUAAGCAAGCAAAUCGCCUGUGUUUAGAAGGAAUGCGUGUGAAAUUUCCAAAUGAAGAUCAAGAAGUAACGCUUUUCUUUGUUGCAAAUUUAGUUGUUGCGGAUUCCGUUGCGCGAGCCAUCCUACAAAAUAUUCUACAGUAUAAUGGAUAUUGUGCGUGCAGUUAUUGCUACCAUCCAGGGAAAUAUGUUCAAAAAAAGAGGGGAGUAAAGUAUCCAUUCCUAGAAGAACAACCAAAAAUUCGAACUCACGAACUUCAUCUCGAAGAUGUAAAGAAUGCCUGUGCUCGUGGUUCGUUUGUAAAUGGAGUUAAAGGUGAAUCAAGCUUUAUGAGAAUUAAAGCCAUCGACAUGGUCUGGGGAUUCCCUUUGGAUUACUUACAUAAUGCUCUUUUUGGUGUAUGCGUGCAAGUUUGGGAACAUUGGUAUCUGAUUUUAUCACCUAAACAAAGAAAAAAAAUUGACGAUUUACUCCUCAAGAUACAACCUCCACGAGAUUUGCAAAGAAGCUCAGAAAAGAUUUCAAGUAAAAGCAUUUGGAAAGGAAGUCAUUGGAAGGCAUGGCUUCUUUAUUAUUCUCUUCCAGUAUGCUUAGAGGAUAUUCCGACUGAAUUAUUAGAGCAUUUUUCUUUAUUUGUAAAUAGUAUGUAUACUAUGCUGAAAAGAGAAAUCACUGAAGACGAACUUGACGUAUGUGAAUUGAAUUUAAUGACAUUUGUUGCCCGAUAUGAAAUUUUAUACGGUACAGAAUGCAUGACAUUUAACGUCCACUGUGCAGAACAUAUCGUAAAAACAGUCAGAGAAUCUGGUCCACUAUGGGCAACAUCAGCCUUUCCAUUCGAGCAUAAUAUCCAUUUUUGUAAAAAAACACUUGCAGGUCCAAAAAGCCCCGAUCAGCAGAUUGUGAAUAAAUCUUUAAAUCUUUUAAAGUAUCGUGUUCGUCCACCUACUGUUAACAUUUCAAAUGAGGCGAAAAAUUUUUGUGAACAUAUUUUUAUAUCAAAAACAUUGACAAAAAGUGCUGUCAAAUCUGAAAAUGUUACAUUUCUUGGCCCACAUCAUAAAAAUGUUUUCGAAUCUACGAUUAAUAAACGGUUUGAAAGGUGCAUUUACGAAAAUCGCAUAUACAGUAGUAUUGAAUACAGUCGUAAAAAAAAAUUUAACGAUACAGUAAUUGUUUUAAAAAAUUGGUCUUUUGUACAAAUAACUAGUGUUUUAUUAUUGCCAGAUGGCACAUGUUCUUUUACAGUGAAACAAUUGUUAGUAAGACCGUUCGUUGUAGGGAAUGUACUGUUAAAUCACAUUUGGGAAAUUGUAGGAAACGUUGAUCAUCUGCCUGUAUCUAUCUCUGAAGUAUUUUCGAAAUGUGUGGUUCUUGACUUAAGUAUUGCACAAUAUGUUUGUUCUAUUCCCAACACAUAUGAAGCACAAUAAUAAAAUGUAUUUCAGGUUUUGUUAAAAUAUUUAAAACCACAAGGAUCUUUUAUUGUAAGACGAUGCACAAGUUGUUUUAAAAAAGCUGUUACUACUCGAUUGUACAAGAAUUUCUAAUAUAAUUUGAUGUAAUUUAUGUCUCUAUUACAAAAGAAAAUCAUAAUUUAUAUUUUGGUUUUCUUUAUGAUUGUUGGCCUUUUAUUUUUGGGGACAAAAGAUUUUUCUGUUUAAAAUGUUUAUCAAAAAGAAAUGUCUCUAAAAUUUAAUUCCUUUUCUGAAUGAAUAAUUGUAAGCAAUUUUAAUUAUGUAUUUUUAAAUGCAAUAAUUCAUAAAA